AUGCCCAAAAUGCAAUGGACCUAUUUACUCACGAUUCCCAUCAUCACGUUCGCUGCAUGGCAAUAUACUGUCACAGUUGUUAACUCCAAAUUUCCAAAACUUCGGAACAAGAAGAUAUGUUUGUUAAUAGCGCAUCCUGAUGAUGAGGCUAUGUUCUUUGCGCCUGCUAUGCAAGCUCUCACAGAUCCGGAACUUGGAAAUCAUGUUAAAAUUCUCUGUUUGAGUAGUGGUGAUGCAGAUGGGUUAGGGGAAACAAGGAAGAAGGAACUUGUUAAGAGCGGAAUGCAGUUGGGUUUGCGACAAGAGAAUGAUGUUUUUGUUUUUACAAGUCCAGAUUUCCCAGAUAGUAUGACGAAGACAUGGGAUAAGGAAAAGAUAGCUAAUCUUCUCGCCUCUGCAUUUUGCCCUCCUCAUACAAGAAAAGCAAAUCUUUCGACUGCGCCAACUGCAACUAUCGAUGUUAUUUUGACUUUCGACGCUCAUGGGGUCUCUUCACACCCAAAUCAUAUUUCCUUAUACCACGGCUCUCGAGCCUUAAUCACAUCUAUGAUGCAAGAUCGUCCAGGAUGGCAGUGUCCUAUUGAUCUUUAUACCCUCACCAGUGUCUCCGUUUUCCGAAAAUACACAUCCAUAUUAGAUACCUUAAACACUAUGGUAAUCACCGCAUUCUCAAAGAAAGAAAUAGGCGAUCAUCCAAGUCAUUUGUUAAUGAUGAAUGGAGUGGGGCAACUUAGAACUGCGCAGAAGGCCAUGACGACAGCACAUAAGAGUCAGAUGCGGUGGUUUAGAUGGGGAUGGAUUGGAAUGUCAAGAUAUAUGGUCAUUAAUGAUUUGAAGUUAGAAAAGGUUGUUGUUUAA